AUGAAGCUACCCCGAGGUGUCUGUGGCUUCCUGACCUUUGGAGUUGGUGUGGAACAGGAUGUCUUGAUGUCCUACCCCUCCAAUGACAUCCCCAUUGCCCUUGCCCAGGCCUUAAUCAGCUGUGUGCUGACAUCCUACCCCAUCUUGCACUUCUGUGGCCGGAGUUUUAUUCUACUGACUUUUGGUGACACCAGGGUGACAGUGGAGGAGGACGUGGUUCGGGAGCAGAGGAGGUGCCUGCUUCAGACCAUCAUCUGGUUCCUCCUGAUACUCCUCCUGGCUUUCUUCAUCUCUGACAUUGGCAAAGUCAUCUCUGUCACUGGGGGCUUGGCUGACUGCUUCAUCUUCAUCUUUCCAGGUAGACAGUAG